CGAUGCACUCGUCCGUCUAUUUAGUCGUUGGUCGUGCGCGCGCCAUGCUGGAUAGCAGGCAGCGAUCGUUCUCACUGCGUUGUUGUCACUUCGGCCAAACGUGUUCCUCGUCUCCUCAUCGACGCGUUAAUUAAACACUCUUGCGCGCUCGCCGCGACCGUUGACAACGCGGCGAGGGGGGGUUUGGGGGGGGUUCUUCGGUUAAAACUCGGGUGUGAAGAAAAUCGAGCGAAAAAACGUUCGUGUCCAUUUCUAAACGCGCACGAGAAACUACUACUACUACUACUACUUACUUACGUGUGCAAGUGUGCGUGCGAGUAUACAUCGAGUCGGACGACGAGGAUCUUCGGUGUUGUUGUUCGUUAUAUGGAAUAAUCAUCUUUCUCUCUCGAUUCGUCGUUGGAACGAGUGAGGCCGAGUGCGGUUGGCAAGUUGUCAAGGGAGAAGGAAAGGAAGAAAGAGAGGGCGCGUGUUGUGAAACGGACGAAUUCGCGAAAACAGUUGUACGAAAAAAGAGAGGAGGAGGAGGAGGAGGAGGAGGAGAACGCAACGGGGAGUUAAUAAAGUUAAUUUCGAUGUUGUGCCAUUCGAGCGGAGGCUUUCUAGAACGGGUUAAACGGGAAGAGAUCGAGGAGAAGCACCGUGGACGAGAGAGUUGGCCGACGAUAUUCGUCGGUCCGCUCGUUAACCGCUCGUCGAAGGCAAAAGCCGGUUGAUAACGUUAUCUGUUUGCAAUAAUUGCAGUCUGUAUCACGGCCGGCCAUUGUCGUCGAACGAGUGGAGGCCUGCCGUCAAAGAAAGCUAGUGACCGCUAGUGUCAACAGGUGAUACGUGAUCACGAUCGCAAAGAGGAGAAGAACGAAACGGAGAAGCGAUUUAUCGAUCUGGAAUCUGACGAAAGUCGAUUCGAACGAGAGGAAGAUAGAAAGAGUUGUGUUGCACGCUCGGUUCGGUGUAUAGAAGAGGGAUCAAAGGGAUCAAUCGAAACGAGACAGCGUGUUCUGGCCAUUCGAACGUUUGGUCAUGCGAUAAGGUCAGGCCUCGCGUGUACCACGAGACGAGAUAGAGCGAUAAAAUUUAAAACGUAAAGAGAGUGGAAAGGAGCCUCGUCUGGCGCCUUGCUCCUCGCUAAAGUGACGCGUCGCCUUGGCCAAUAAAACGACAGACGGUCUAAACUGAACGGAAUCGGCAGCUGCUCUCCCGGUGUGCGCCUCUCUCGUUCGUUGGCCCCGUCGUUUUAAUUUCAGCCGGAGUCAGCCUCUAAGAUCCCGACUAGUGGUCAACUCGUCGAGUUGAAAAAGUGUUUCACGGAGAGAAAGAGAGAGCGGAGGGAGAGGGGGCUUUUAAUUCGUAUCUCGUUGUAAAAGAGAUGUCCGUUCUAUUUCUCUUCCUCUGUUUGGAUUUCACGUACCGGUGAAACGCGAGGAUCCUAUCCUUGGACGAUGACUCGUAGGAACUGAUCGACGCGAGGAGGAGAAGAAACAGAGGAUUGGUCAAGAUGAUGAUGGCACCGCAGAUCGUGGGUGUCCUGCUGAAGAAACCGGGACAGCAGAGCCACCCACGCUUUCCACCGUUGGACCCACAAGAGACGAAAAUAAGAGGCGAGCUAUACGUGGAGGACCUAGGCGAGAGGCGGAUCGUUUCCAUCAGAAUGGGAUGGCUUUGGGUCGAGGGUACUCCGAUGAGGCUUCCAUUGAGGGCGUUGAACCUACGCCAGGCAGCGCCCAGCCUGUGUCAACCGCACGCACUGGCUCUUGGGUUCACGUUGAGCAACUCGCAGGAUCAGAUGCUCGCUACUUUUUGGAUUCGGAGGCCAUCUAUUGGUCGUGGGUGAGAGCGAUCGCGGCAGAGUUGGUGAGGCAAACGCCGUUUCGCGCUCAGAGGUGUUUGAACUUUCUCGAGAUCCUGACCAUUUGUCCAAGGGGGCCCGUCCCCCUGCCGGACAGCCCCACCGAGUCGAGGAGGCGUUCGAGGAGCG